ACCAUAAAACCACAGAAAAGGGGUGAAAAGAACACACUACUCGGCUCCCUCGCCCCUAUCACACGAGCGCCUCACAACCCGAACCCCAACAACCACAGCUGAUUUCGCCAGGUUGAAGGGGCUCACUUCACAGCAGCUGUUGGUUGUGUGACGUUUUAUUUCUGUUGUGAGGUCGGCGGGUGUCGGGAUGAGCAGCACGGGAGCUAUUCCUAAGGGGGGAGUGAGGCCUAAGGAUGAUAGUGAAAUCUCAGGGGAACCAUUAGAUAAGAAAUUUAUCACAGAAACCACCAAGGGUUUGGAGAAAAGAAUACCAGCAUUGCACAUAGGAUGGGUUGAGAAAGGGACAUACAUCAAGUACGACCCGCCUCCGUUGCCAGACGACGAUGGAAUCCUGCCGCCAGGAGCUCGCGAGUCUUGGAUGGAACAGAUGGAGUUCUUUGAGCAGGAUUUGCAGAAUCUCUUAAAUCUUCCACAUCAUAGAUUUUGGUCACAUGUAGUGUAUGACACAGCAAUCCAUGAAUGUCUGGAGUCCUACAUAACCAGUGGUCCAAGAUGGUAUGAUGACGACACAUUGGACCACUAUUCACAGCCAAUUGUAGAAAGUAUACACAAGCUGGUGUUCCUGAUAUAUGUACGAAUGGCUACCUUUAAGGAAUCUAAGACCUGUCACAUAACCCCUUCUGCAUUUGGUGAUAUUAUUUACGAUAAUUUCCUUUUUGAUAUAUGCAAAUUACUUGACAUCUGUGUUCUGUAUGGUCCGAACAAUUAUGCAUUGAUUGGAAAAAUGAUCUCGAACAUCUUUACAAACCAACCCAAAUAUUAUGAUGAUCUUGAGCAGAUUAUGUCUUCCAUGAAUAUGGCUUUAGAAAAUAUUGAAGAGAAAUUGAAUGUUGCAGAGAAUUAUAUACCUGUUGCCCUAGGUAGUUCAGAGGGAGAGUUAUCGUUAGCAGAUUUGCACGAUCUAACCUUAUACCUACUAGACACAUUCUAUUCUCUGCAAAUGCUCAUUUCUCUUCAUCCCCCGGCAGCAAGAAUUUUCCAUAAAGCCUCGUUUGAAUUAAGGUUAUCAACUUGUUACGAAAGAGUCAUUCCAUCUCUAAUGGAGAACCUGAGUGACUGGUCUCAAGAACCAGAUCAUGCACUAUGGGCCACCAAGCUCAUUCAAAAGGUCCAAAUAGCUAGGGCAUCCAUGCUCGCAACCUUUAGAUAUAUUUUGCACAACAAAUGUAUAGCUCCUCUGAACACAAGUGAUAAACCAGUGUCAAUUACAGUAGAAGGAUGCAUUGAGAAAUUUGUUCAAGUCAUGUCAACUUGCGUGGAAGAGAAAGUUUUCAUUUCUGACUACUGCUCAUUAUAUCCCUUGAGCAAAGAAACUGAAUUCUACCAGGAACAUGGAGGUGACAUCACAAAUCUUAGCUUUAUUACUGAUGCAGUGCAGUCGGUUCUCUUAGAGAUGGGAUUGUCAAAUGACCUGAAGGAAUUAACACUACAAGAGGGAGCUGAGAAUUCAGUUGAUGUAAGUGGCAUGAAUGGGUAUGCAGAGGUAGGCUCAUCGUUACCAACAGACAUAGAAAUGGCUUCUUUGGUGUCGAGUGUUCAGGAUCUUCUUCCUGAUUUAGGAGCAGGUUUCAUCCAGGAAUGUCUGAAAUACUAUGGUUAUUCAUCAGAAGAAGUUAUCAAUGCACUCUUAGAAGGCAACCUACCUCCAUCUCUUAUCACUCUAGAUCGCAAUAUGCCUGCAACUGAACCACCUCCUGCAACUGAACCACCUGUAGAAGAAAAGAAUGAGGCAAAAACUGUACGACAAGUAGACUACAUGGACAGGGCCAAUGUCUAUGACAAUGAUGAAUUUGAUGUAUUCAAUAAAAAAGAAGUUGAUAUGUCUAAAAUUCAUAAAGGCAAGAAGUCUGAUAGGCAUAAUAAAGAAAACAUGGACAAAGCAAGUAUAGACAAGGUGAAGGAGAUAGCAAGAAUGUACGAUGAAAGAGGAGGAAGAAGCAUAUAUGAAGAUGAGCUGAUGGUUGAUGAGGAUGAAGAGGAUGACUACAAUAAAUGGAACUAUAAUGAUGAAUACGAUGACACCUACGAUGAUAAUGACACAAGAAACAUUGAUGACUUUGAAAUUGAUAAAAAAGUAAAGAAACGUCCCGGUAUUAUUGGAGCCGGUGCACUGAAUAACCGCUUCCAGUAUGAUGACGAUUCAGACGAAGAAGAAAUGGAAGAGGAGGCUCAGACCAGUUCUCAGCAGGAAGCUCCAGGGACUCAGGGCCCAAAGCAAGGAUACCCUGGCGGUGCACGGCCAAAGAACAAAGGCAGUACGAGAGGCGUGCAAAGGCUUCAGUCCAACAAUAAAUCAAGCAAGCCGAAAGGAAAGACACCCACGCCAGACAGGGAACAGGAGGAAGAAUCCAAUAAACGGGAGGAGGAACAGAAUAAAACUAGCAGAAGCUCGGGAGUGAAUUUUAUACCUUUCUGCGAGAAUCCAGAGGACGUAAGGAAGCGGAGAGAACAACAAAGACUGAAUAAUAUGGCAAACAGAGGAUAUAGAGGCAGAGGAGGAAGACCAGGAAGAGACACAGAAGCUCAAAAUGGUUUUGAUGGAGAGAAGAGGCCCAAGGUGUCCACCAGCUCAAACAAGAACAGCGGGAAAAGCUGGCGUUCUGGCGAAUGGAACGAAGACGACAACAAAAGACCCGGAGGCAAAUACAAAGAAGACACAAACCAUGGAAAGAUGCAGAGCAGGGACUACCGUCACAAGAUGAUCCACAAGAAUGAGCACAAGCGGCAAGGGGCACAAGCCAAAUUCAACAGAAAUAAUUAAGUGGUUGAAAUAUGAAGGAUUGAACUUAAUUCCAAGGGUUUAAGUUAUCAGAGAUCUGUUGUAUGGUAUGUGUCAACUAAAAAAAGUGCUAUCACUAGUAUAUAGAAGAUCUAUAUAAUUGGUCAUAUCAAAAGCUUUAACUUUUCAGAGCAGCAUAGGUACCCAUUUGGAGUAUUUGGAGUGCAAUUCUAUAGAAGUGAAAAGUGAGAAAAAAAAAUAUUUUUGUGAUAUGCAAUUAUUAAUAAACUUGUUAAACACUGUUUUGGGUUACUAGUAAUUUGUUGAGAGUACAGCUAACUUGGAGUUAUCUUGCUGUUUGUGAUAUAAUUAAAAUUUUAGCAGGUACCUAUAAAUCUUUAUAUCAUCAGCUACUGGAGUUAUUGAUUACAAAAUGUAAUGAAUAGUAACUUUUAUAUUAUUUUAUUUUAUGAUAUGCAAAUAUAAGUGGAUUUGUUAACAUGCUAAUGUUUUGAAUAAUCCUAUAUCUAGUAAGCUAACUUGCUUUGUGCUAUGGAAAUAUUUAUGCAUGAAGUUGAAAGAGGUGCAUGAUUGGCUAAAAGAUUUGUUUCUUGCUCAUAAUUAUCAUAUUAAAUAUUUUCCAACACUUGAAUUAUAAUUAGAAAGCAAAAAGAAGAUCUGAAAAGCACAAAGCAAAUGGUUAAUGCAUUAUUCCAUAAACUGAAAAUGACUGUUCCAAUUUUUUUUUUCAGGAAAUAAUUAGUUUCCUCUGCCUUUCACUUAUACAUGGUACAUUAAGAGUAUUAGCUUUGAAAAAGAAAAGAAAAGAAAAAUGUCUCAUGAUUUAUGAAUGUACAUGCAGUUAUUUUAGAUUAUGAAUACUUCUGUAACUGUAAAGUUUUGUCAUUGUAUCUAGGGACAUUUUCAACUAGUAAUGAAAAGAAUGACUAUAUAUAUGUUCUGUGCCAAAAUCUCAGCACCUCACUUGUGAAGGAUAAAUAUCUGUGAUUUAUUUACACUCUGUAUUUCUUCGUAAGAGUGUUUGCAAAGUCAGAAAUGAAUUGCUUCUACUGUAUGAAUUUUUUUCCAAGAUAAGUUUGCAAGAAACUGUAGGUAUUAAUAUUGUUCUUGUUGAUAAGGUAAAAGUUCCUAUAUCUAAUAGAAACUGUAUUAUAAUAUACUGACAAAGUAAAUGGCGACUGUAGUGUACUGAAAGAAAGUAAGAAAAUUGGAAAUCAUACAAACUAAAACUUUUAUACAUUAAGAGUGAGAAAUCAUCUAGUUAUAAAUGAAUACCAUAUUUCAAAGUGAACGAAGAGCAAGACAGAGGUAUAUAUUUUAGUGUUUAAUUAGAUGUCAUUUGCUGUUGUUAAAUUAAUCCACAGUGGUGAUUAGAGGUCCAGUUUUAAUAGAUGAAUUAAGAAUAAUGCGUAAAAAAAAAAUUUGUCAAAAGACAGAGAAAAGAUUACUUGAGUAAAAAAAUUAUGAGUGAAAUGGAAAAUUGAAAAUUACUGCAACAUGCCAGUAGAGCUAAAAUCUUUCAAAAAAACUAUAAAUUGAAUUAUAAGGUGACAUGUUUAUUGCUAGGGAUCCUAUCAAAACUUUUUCAUGUGCAUUGUUAUUGAUUCAAGGGAAAUAAAACCAUUAUUUGAAAUAACAAUGUAUACAUAAA